UCGGCCAUUGGGUAUAUAUAUAAUCACAAAUGAGAGGCUGUUCUGGCAACCAUUAUGCCAGAGGAUCCUGGUAGUUUUAAACAGUUUUGUCAAUUGGUAGGGCAGAUGAACAUCACAGAAUUCAGGUAUAGAUUUAAUUCCAAUGAGAAGGCCGUUGUCCUUUACAGCGUUGGGGUUCACACGGUCUCAGAACUAAAAGCAAUGAAAGAGAGAAUGGAGUCUUGUCAGCUUAAAACUUACAAUGUCAUAGAAACUGACUUGAUGAAAGAUCACCUUCAUUACCUGAUGGGAGGCCGUUCAAACGUUCAAAAUGAGGUUCUUUGUCGUUUCAUCUUUCCGGAAAGACCUGGUGCUCUAAUGAAGUUCUUGGAUUCAUUAGGUCCACGAUGGAAUAUUAGCUUGUUCCAUUAUCGUGGGCAGGGUGAAACUGGAGCAAAUGUGUUGGUAGGAAUACAAGUACCAAGAGUUGAGAUGGAUGAAUUCCAUGAUCGUGCUAACAGACUUGGAUAUGAGUAUACGCUGGUGAACAAUGAUGACUUUUACCAUCUCCUAAUGCGUUCAUGGUUAGGGUUUUUAUGAUUCGUGCAAGAUAAUACUAUCAAGUUUGUUCAACUGUUGGUUUCAAAUAUAGGAUUCACAGGAAACUAUUCAGUGCUCCUAAAUCCUAAUGUAGCUUCUAGGUUUGCGUUCAUUAUACUUGCAAAGUGAC